GGCAUCUUGUCCGUAGUUGGCUCUAUAUACGAUCCUUUAGGAUUUCUUCAACCAUUUACUCUGCCAGCCAAGCUGAUUGUGCAGGAGCUCUGUAAGGAAAAACUCGGACGGGAUGAGAACAUAACGCAAACCUUCUCUCAGCGAUGGACAGGAUGGUUAAUAGAUCUGAACAAGAUGGCGGAAUUUAAAGAAGACCGGUGCAUGAAGCCCGCUAACUUUGGUCAAAUCAAAUUGGCACAGUUGCACCAUUUUUCAGACACCAGCGAAAGUGGCUACGGUACUGUUUCAUAUCUAAGGCUGGAAGAUGAUAACAAAGAAGUGCAUGUUGCAUUCAUAAUGGGAAAGGCCAGAGUGGCACCAGUGAAGCAAAUGACCAUUCCCAGAAUGGAGAUUACAGCUGCAGUUCUAGCUGUCAGAGUGGACACAAUGCCUCAAAAGGAAUUACAGCUUCAGCUGGACAAAUCCAUCUUCUGGACCGAUAAUGAAGCCUCUAGAGGACUAAUAGCAGACUGCUUCUUAAGCAGUAAGAAAUGGAUCAAGGGACCAGAGUUUCUCUGUAAACCACACAGAGAGUGGCCAAAGCUUAACCUGGAGUCUGCAAUCUCUGCUAAUGAUCUGGAAUCAAGCAAAACAUCACAUUGA